AUGCUCCUAUUAAUAUUCGUGCCGAUACUUGCACUUUUAUUUUGGCUGUGGUGGAAAAGAGAGAAAAAUGAAAAUGAGCCACCCGAGUACGUUUUUAAGUUAGAAUGGCACAAACUUCAUAAUGUUGUGAAUGAUGGCGAACGUCUGUGGAGACGAACUAAAAAAAUGAGCGCUGAAUGUCUUAAACGAGAUGGAACUAUGCAAAUGACAGUAGGGCCUCGGACUGUAUAUGUUAUUACAGAUCCUGAUGACUUUUUGACUGUUUCAAAUGCCUGUUUAGAAAAGGAUCCAUUUUACAAUUUCAGCAAAAACUGGCUUGGUAACGGUCUAAUCACUGCACCAACUUCAAAGUGGAAAGUACAUAGAAAGCUAUUGAAUCCAUUGUUCGGUCAACGUUCAAUAGACAGUUUAAUAGAAGUAUUUAAUAAUGUCUCUCGUCAACUCGUUGAAAACCUAGAAGUGGAGGUUGGGAAAGGUCCAUUUGAUCAUUACCCCUAUACAAGACGUAAUGCUUUGGAUACAAUAUGCAGUUUAAAAUUUAAACCAUUUAUUAGAGUACUUUUGGAGAUGUUCUCAAAUAGUGAUGCCUUCACUGACAGUGAUAUUAGACAACACGUAGACACAUUUGUUGUGGCUGGUGAAGAUACUACCGCUGGAGUUACUAUGUACUGUAUGCUUUUAGUGGGUUCUUAUUCACAAGUACAAGAUAAAAUAUACGAAGAGAUAAAGGACAUUUUUGGUGAUGACGAAAGAGACGUAACAAAAGAAGAUCUCUCAAAACUAGUUUAUUUAGAAGCAGUAUUAAAAGAAACUAUGCGUUACUACCCUAUUGUUCCGAUAAUAGGACGACAUCUUGACAAGGACGUUAAAUUACGUAAUUGCACCCUAUCAAGGGGUCGGACUGCAAUAUUAUCCAUCUAUGGAAUACAUCGACAUCCAAUGUGGGGUCCAGACGCUGAUGAGUUUAAACCGGAACGGUGGCUUGCUCCUCUAUCAAAUAUUCAAAAAAUGUUUGCUGGGUUUAGUAUGGGUCGAAGAAUUUGUAUUGGCAAAACAUAUGCAAUGGCGUCAUUGAAGGUUAGAUUCGAGAUGCUUCUGUUGAUAUUGCUGUGGACGUUGGUAUUUCUAUUUUGGAUAUGGUUAAAAAAAGAUGCAAACAAAGAUGAACCACCAACAUUUUUUACUUUAGACUGGAGAAAACUAUACCGUAUAACGGAAAAUACUGAGGGUUUCUGGAAUCUUAUAAAAGAAAUGAGUCGAGAGUGUCAAAAACGUGAUGGAGUUAUGAAACUGGCUAUAGGUCCUCGAACCGUUUAUGUUCUAACCGACCCUGAAGAUUGUUUGACUGUGUCAAAUGCGUGCUUAGAAAAGGAUAGUGUUUAUGACUUCGCAAAAAACUGGAUUGGAAAUGGCCUCAUCACGUCAUCGCUACCCAUUUGGAAAAUGCAUCGAAAACUAUUAAAUCCAUUAUUCAAUGCUCGUAUAUUGAAUAAUUUUAUGGAGAUCUUCAACAGUCUAUCUCAUAUCCUUAUCAAAAAUCUAGAAGUAGAAGUUGGGAAGGGUCCGUUUGAUCCUUAUGUUUAUUCAAGACGUUAUGCCUUGGAAUUAAUAUGUAGUUUUGAUUUCGAACCAUUGGCAGAAAUUAUUCUGAAAAUUUGUGAGAAUAAUACACAAUUCACUGAUCAGGAUAUAAGACAACAUAUAGACACAUUUAUUGCAGCUGGUGAAGAUACUUCCGCCGGGGUUAUUAUGUUAUGUUUGGUAACAGUGGGUUCUUAUCCACGAGUGCAAGAAGAAAUAUACAAAGAGUUAAAACAGAUUUUUGGCGAUGAAGACAGAGAUGUGACGAAAGAAGACCUAACCAAACUAGUUUACUUAGAUGCAGUAAUUAAAGAGACAAUGCGUUUUUACCCAAUGGUACCUGCUAUAGCACGCUAUGUCGAUAAGAACGUUAAACUACGUAACUGCACGCUAUCAAAAGGUCGCACUGCAAUUGUAUCGAUCUAUGGAAUACAUCGACAUCCAAUGUGGGGUCCAGACGCUGAUGAGUUUAGACCAGAAAGGUGGCUUUCCCCACCAUCAAGUUAUUACAAAUAUUUUGCUGCUUUUAGUUUGGGUCGCAGAAUUUGUAUAGGAAAAACCAUGGCAAACGCUGCGCUAAAGGUUACUAUGGCUCACAUAUUUCGAAAGUACGUAAUUCACGGCGAUCAUACAAAUAUGAAAUUAAAGUAUGAACUUACUCUGAAAGCUAUUUCCGGACAGUAUAUCACAAUUGAAAGAAGAAAUAAAAAGCAAUGA